CGUUUUGUGAGUUUUGGUAAUUUGCAUCUAACUUAAAACUGGAAAAGAAAACACAGCUGCGCAACUAGCAACACACUCCUUAAGAACAACUUGUCUCAAUCCCACAAUGGAUCCGUCCGCGAUCCUUACCGACAAGGUGGCCUCCAAGACUGCCAGCAGUAACUCGCUGGACAGCAGCUCCAAGUCCAGUUCUUUGGGCUCCAAGCACGGUGGCGGGGAGAAUGGCGUUCUGCGGGACACGCCCUUUAGAUACCUGGACGGCGAGGAAGAUCAAGACCAAAAGAACGAUGUGACCUACGUGUGCCCGUACCGCGGACCCGUCUUUGGGGCGCUGACUAUCACCAACUACCGUCUGUACUUCCGGUCGCUUCCUCUGCGGGAUCAGGAGCCUCCCGUUGUCGUAGACGUGCCCUUAGGCGUAAUUGCUCGUGUGGAAAAGAUCGGCGGUGCCACGUCACGGGGCGAGAACUCGUAUGGAAUUGAGAUCUUCUGCAAGGACAUGCGAAAUUUACGUUUCGCCCACAAGCAGCAAAAUCACUCGCGAAGAACGGUAUUCGAGAAACUGCAGGCUAAUGCAUUUCCACUCUCGUAUAGUGGGCGCCUCUUUGCCUUCGCCCAUGCAGCUGCGAACUCGAUGAAUGGAAACGGAGGAUGGGACGGGUGGGCGGUUUAUGAACCGCUUGCGGAGCUCCGGCGCCUAGGUGUACCCAACGACAUGUGGCGGGCCACUAAGCUAAACGAGUCCUAUGCAAUUUGCGACAGCUACCCGGCAGUGUGGGCUGUGCCCAAAGCGGCAUCUGAUGAUUUCCUCAGGCGAGUGGCCCAGUUUCGUUCACGUUGUCGCCUGCCUGUGCUGUCAUGGAUGAAUCCCCGGACCCAGGCGACAAUUACGCGGUGCUCUCAGCCCCUAGUGGGCGUAAGCGGUAAGCGAAAUUCUGACGAUGAAGCGUACCUUAGCUUUAUCAUGGAAGCGAAUGCACAGUCCGAUAAAUUGACUAUUAUGGACGCGCGGCCAAGUGCCAAUGCUAUUGCCAAUAAGGCUAAAGGCGGCGGCUACGAGUCGGAGGACGCGUACAAGAACGUGGAAAUCAACUUCCUUGACAUACACAACAUCCACGUAAUGAGAGAGAGCCUACGAAAGGUGAAGGAGGCCUGCUUCCCAACCACCGACGACUCAAAAUGGCAAACAGCUAUCGACAACACUCUGUGGUUAAAGCACAUUCGGUGCAUACUGGCUGGGGCCGUCAGAAUUGUGGACAAGGUUGAGACUAUGAGCACCUCCGUGGUAGUGCACUGUUCUGACGGAUGGGACCGCACAGCCCAGCUGACGGCCCUCUCCAUGCUUCUUCUCGAUCCCCACUAUCGUACUGUUCGCGGUUUCGAGGUGCUUAUCGAGAAGGAAUGGCUAUCGUUUGGCCACAAAUUCCAGCAACGCGUUGGCCAUGGUGACAAUAAGCACUCGGAUGCAGACAGAUCUCCCGUGUUUCUGCAGUUCAUCGACAGCGUAUGGCAGGUUAGCCAACAGUUUUACAAUGCGUUUGAGUUCAACGAGCACUUCCUGAUAACCAUCGUGGACCACUUGUACUCAUGUCGAUUUGGCACUUUUCUUUGUAAUACAGAGGCGGAGCGUGUGGCUGAAGAUUUAAAGCAUAAGACAAUAUCUCUUUGGACGCACAUCAACUCUUCGCUGGACCAGUAUCUGAAUCCCCUAUUCCCUUCGUUCACUCACGGAGCAGAGCUGGUUCUACGACCCAUCGCCAGCGUGCGGUCUGUUCGCCUGUGGAAGGGCCUAUAUUGCCGGUGGAACCCUGGUCUUUGCGCCCCCCAGCAUGGCUGCCAGCGAACCCGCGAAUUGCUCUCCAAACAAGAUCAGCUCUUUAAACUCGUCAAUGAGUUGCGGCUUAAGUCGAACAACCGCAGCAAUAGCAUGCAGACGACUACGCGACUGGCCUCGCCUAUGCACUAACUAUAUUUAUUCUUUAUUUACCCAUAAGUAUACUGAUGUCAAACUGUGUACCAAUUCCAAAUGCAUCAUCUUGAUAAACAACAAUUCAAGAUACUAUGUUUUAAUUCCCUAUCAUGAGUUUCCGCUUAUAAUUAUAGAAACUAAAUAAAAAUGACAAAUAUAUUGUUA